AUGGCGGGGAUUUUGCUGACUCAGAAAAAAACGAACAACAACAAAGGCAGCCGAAGCGGAAAAUCUAAAGCGGAUCAAAAGCCGGCCAAAUCAAAUGAGACCACUACCGAAACGAAAGACUCCAGUAUGACGCCCAAGCCCUCAACUCCUGAUGCGCCGCCAGCACGACCCGCGCUGACUCAAGGCAAGCUGUCCCCGACGGCUCCCGAGUUCAAAUCGGAGCAAAUCCACCCGCUUGUUCCCUUCGAUCAGCCGCAAAACUCGGCGCCAAAUUCAGAUCACGGCGUUCCGGACAUGCCGUACGGUGCCUAUCCCGGCAACGGCUUUCUUCCCCAAUACUACUACGACUACUCUGGAGGGUUUAUGGGAGAGCCAGGCAGCAUGCCCCCUGAGCAGUGGGAAGAAUACAUGCGUGCGGUUGGAGCGUGCGCAGUCAACCCUGACGGAUCCCCGGCGGCGCCUCCCGUGCUGCCCAUUCCCGUCGACGGUCAAGGCGAGGCUUUCGUGCCAUACGCGGGCUCGCCCCCACUUCCGUUCAACAGCCAGUUCUACGCACCGCAUGCCUUUCCGUUUCAGCCGCCCAUCUACCCGCCACCGGUUCUCCCGCCGCCUGCCGGCGCCUUUGGUGACGUCAGACCCGACGGUCCUCCGGUCGGAUUUGUUCCUGUCCCCGGCCAGGUUGACAUGCAGUACGGACAAAUUCCGCCGCCCGGCUUCUUCCUCCCGUAUCAAGGCAUGCCAGAGUUUCAGCACCAACACCAGCAUCCCCAUCAGCAUCCGCACUCCCCGCUCCUCCUCGCUCCCCCUGCCGUUCCCCCUGUCGUCCUUCCCGCGCACGGACCUUCCGCCGGCCCCGCGGGGGCGCAACCCGGCGCGCCUGGGCAGGCGGAGACUAGCGACGACGGGGGUUGCGGCGGAAUCACCGGGGGGAUGAACGGCCUUAAACUCGAUUCCGCAUCAUCUGACGGCUGUCAGGCGGGCGCGAAUGGCACCGCGCAUUUGGGAUCUGCGGCGGACCAGUACCGCGGUCCGCGCACGUCCCGCCGGCGGAAUGGCAAGAUGGGGGAGGGCGCGGGGAAGCGCGCAACCAGCCCCAGUAGCGACGGCGGAAGCAGCUCCGCCAGCGGGAGCGUGUCCGAGGGCGCGGGGAACGCGGGUAAUCAAGCGCAGCUGCAGACGCCGCCAAACGGAUUCGCGCCUGGAGCCCCGCUUGUCGACCGCGCGGGGCUUGGCGGAAAUGACGGAUCGGUCGACAGCCUGUCCGGUUGCUGCCUGCAGGUGAACCGGCCCGACAUGCCGGUUACAUACGCGCUGGCGAAGUUCUUCGUGAUCAAAUCCUUCAGCGAGGACGACGUGCACAAGAGCAUUAAGUACAACGUGUGGACCUCCACUCCAGGCGGAAACAAGCGCCUGCACGCCGCGUUCCAGGAGGCCUCCGCGCUGUCGAGCUCGCGCGGCGUCGCGUGCCCCGUGUUCCUCUUCUUUUCUGUGAACGCGAGCGGGCAGUUUUGCGGCGUGGCGGAGAUGGUCAGUCCGGUGGAUUUCCACCGCAGCGUGGGGUUCUGGCAGGAGGAGGAGCGGUGGAAUGGGAGGUUCAGUGUGCGCUGGCAUGUGAUCAAGGACGUGCCGAACGCGCUGCUGCGUCAUAUUGUCGUGCCUGCGAAUGACAACAAGCCGGUUACCAACUCGCGCGACACGCAAGAGGUGCCUCAGGCGCAGGGCCAGGAGAUGCUGGCGAUCUUCCGCAACUACGCAACGCGCACGUCCAUUCUGGACGACUUCAGCUUCUACGACACGCGCCAGCGGGUCAUGCACGAGCGCAGAAUCGCCCGCCAGCAGCAGCAGCAGCAGCAGCAGGGACAGCAGGGGCAGCAGGGUCAGGGGGGCCCACAGGGGGGUGGGCAGGGGGUGCCACAGGGGCAGCAGGGGCAGCAGGGGCAGCAGCAGGGGCAGCAUGGGGGGGUGGGGAAUAAGGGGCCUGCGCAAGGAGGGGUGGCGUGGGGCCAGCACCAGCGGUUCCAGUCUCGCCCUCAACGCUCUGAGCCCAUUGUUGCGGUGCGUGCGUAG